UUUAAAGUGUGUGUCUGCCUCCGGUGGGAUCUGCUGGCCUCAAGCAUGGCACGUCCUGUCUACCUGGUCCUCCCUAUCUUUCUGGUUCUUUGCCUGUCCUUGCUUCAACAUGGCUACAGCAGCCCAUCUCGCCCCAGGAAGGCCGUGCUAGCCCGACAGAGAGAUCGGGCGACAGAUGAGGAUGAUGUGAAGUCCCAGCUGGAGAAACUGUGGCAGGAGGUGAACUCUCUGAAGGAGAUUCAGGCUCUGCAAACAGUGUGUCUUCGUGGCAUCAAAGCUCACAGGAAGUGUUAUCUGACCAUUGAGGAGCCCAAGCACUACCAUGAGGCCAAUGAAGACUGCAUCGCCCAGGGGGGAACCCUUGCCACCCCGCGUGACCUCAAUGAAAACAACGAUCUGAGAGACUAUGCAAAGAGGAGCGCCCCGGGAUCCAAGGACUUCUGGAUCGGUGUUGCAGACAUUGUGAAGGAAGGCCAGUAUGUGGAUGUCAACAGCAUGCCCAUCAGCUACUUCCACUGGGACCGUUCCAAGAAGCAGCCCACAGGGACUCAGAUGGAGAGCUGUGUGGUUCUCUCCGUGGUAGCACAGGGGAAAUGGUAUGAUGAGGUUUGCCGCAGUCAGAAAAAAUACAUCUGUGAAUACAUCAUUCCGUAACUUCCAGCUCCAACAUAAAAAGACAGAGGAUUGUUGAUCAUUCAUGCUGGCUAUUAAAAUACAUUGGAAAUAUU